CUCCACUCUAAGCAGGCCAUCACACGACAUAAGUUCUCCUCAAAACCCGCAUUCCAGCUUCCUUCUCCAGUUCUUCCCCAUCGACUCCUCCAACGAUUUGCGUUGCCUGCAAAAGAUACAGUCUUUGUCUGUACUCGGCAGUUCUAUUACUUUUAUCAUUUUAAUAUAGGACUCCGUGUCCACCUACACGCUCAUCAUGCGUUUGUUUGGCAAUAAGGCCACCGAGGAGGUGGCUCAGAAGGGAACUCCUGAGUCUUCGACUCCUGCUGAGACCCCCAUGAGGACUGUCUCCCCUACCAGGGAUGAGGCUGCCAUCGAGCCCCAGGGCCGUGUUCCUGCUGUUGCUGUCAUUCUUGGAGCGAUCGCCAGUAUUGGUGGCUUCAUGUUCGGUUAUGAGUCUGGACAGAUCUCUGGUUUCCUCCAGAUGUCUGAUUUCCUGGAGAGGUUUGGCGAGAACGGCGAGUUCUCUGCUAUCCGCCAGGGUACCAUUGUCGGUCUGCUCUGUAUUGGUACUCUGUUUGGUUGCUUGAUCUCGGCUCCUCUUGCUGACACGUUCGGUCGUCGUCUGACCAUCUCCGGUUCCGCUUUCUUCUACAUUGUCGGUGUGAUCAUCGAGAUCACCAGCGAGCGCUCCUGGGUUCAGUUUGUCAUGGGUCGUUUCACUGCCGGUCUCGGUAUCGGAGCCCUGUCCACUGUCGUCCCUAUGUAUCAGUCCGAAUCGAUCCCCAAGCGUAUUCGUGGUGCAACUGUCAGUUCCUACCAACUGCUCAUCACCCUCGGUAUCUGGACUGCAUACAUGGUCAAUUACGGCACAUCGAAGGACUACUCCAACGAUGCUCAGUGGCGCAUUCCCAACGGACUGUCUGCUCUCUGGGCCAUCAUCUUGGGUAGCACCAUCCUCCUCAUGCCCGAGUCGCCACGUUACGCAUACCGCAUGGGCCGCAUUGACGAAGCUCGCGUUAACAUGGCUCGUUUGAACGGUGUCGACCCCAAUAGUGCCUUCAUCGACAAUGAAAUUCGCGAGAUCGAGGAGAAGCUCACUGCCGAGAAGUCUGGCGGUGACCACCCAUGGCACGAGAUCUUCACUGGUCCUCGCAUGCUGUACCGCACUAUUCUGGGUAUGGUCCUCCAGGCUGGUCAGCAGCUUACUGGCGCCAACUACUUCUUCUACUACGGAACCACCAUCUUCGCCGCUACCGGUCUCGAGAACCCCUACGUCACCUCCAUCAUCCUUGGUACCGUUAAUGUCGUCGCUACCCUCGGUGGUCUCUGGGUCGUCGAGAACGUCGGCCGUCGCACGGCCAUGAUGGCGGGUGCCGCAUGGAUGUCCCUGUGCCUGUUCAUCUACUCUUUCGUCGGGCACUUCAUCUCAAAUCCCGACGCCACCGGCACCCCCGUCCCCACCGCUACCGCCGGCAACGUCAUGAUCGUCUUCACUUGCCUGUUUAUCGUCGGAUUCGCGACUACCUGGGGUCCUCUCGUCUGGGCUAUCGUCGGUGAACUGUACCCUGCCCGCUACCGCGCUAUCUGCAUGGCCACUGCCACCGCAUCCAACUGGCUAUUCAACUUCAUUAUCUCGUUCGUCUCGACCCUCAUCACUGAUCACAUCGACUAUUACUACGGUCUCAUCUUCGCCGUUUCCUGCUUCCUUCUCUUCUGGGUUGUAUACUUCUUCAUGAUCGAGUCUAAGGACCGUUCGCUUGAGGAGAUUGAUACCAUGUACAUACUCCACGUCAACCCCAUCACCUCUGCCAAGUGGGACUCUUCCUCCCUGCAGAAGGAUGGUCUUGUCGACACCGAUCGUCUCCAGAUGGGUCCUGGUGGACGCAGCUGGAGCAAGGCUGAGCAGGCGAACACUCGUGGUGGUGUUCUUGAGCCUGCGGAGCGCAACGAGCUUCAGGUCUGAGGGCUGCUUGUGAGGUAGGGGAAUGAGAGAGAUGUUGCAUGAUUGUUAUGAGAUUUAGUGGCAUUGAGAGGAUAGUAAUAUUGUAUCAAUACAUUUUUCGAACACA